GAAGCUUUCUUUUCCCUCGGGCUGGAGGCCGGGCAGCUGCGGUCAGGGAUCCAGUCACGCAAGAGGCCACGGGGCUGUGGAGCGGCCCAGGAGGCGGCCCCUGUGGCGGCGGGAGCCCGCGGCUCAGCUCCGGGCUUCGGGAAGCCUUCCAGUCCCCAGCCCUUCCUCCAGGUCCCCGGCUCCGUGGGGCGUAAACUGCCAGGCUGGGGGCGGGUCUGGUAGGGGGAACUGAGGCUAAGAGGGCCCACGCGGCCCCUCCGGGUCCCCAGGGUGCCGGUCGGCAUUUUCCAGGUGAUGUCACAGCCUUCACUCCUACGUCACGUUGAGCAUAUGACAUCAUGCCCAAGCCCGGGCGCCAGAGCCCUCCUGCCGAAACCGCGAGGUUUCUCUUGGUGGAGCCACCCGUGCGCGUCCCAGGGCGUUGGGUAGGGUAGGGGCCUGGAGGGAGUGCGCCGUCCAGCUUAUCUGGGGACCCUCUCCCCUUCUUGCUCUUCUCUGUCCUCCCAGCUCGGGGUCCGCGGGGUCCGGGGCGCCGGCGGGAACGCCCCGGGUGGGCCCGGCCCCGCCCCCGCCCCGCCCCCGUCCCGCCUCCUGCCUGCAAGGCCAGGAAGCAAAGAAGGAACCGCCGGGGGCCAUGGACAGGGCCAUGGACGGGGCCGUGAUGGAGGGGCCGCUCUUUUUGCAGGGUCAGCGUUUCGGUGCCAAGAGGUGGAGGAAGACCUGGGCCGUGCUCUACCCGGCCAGCCCCCACGGCGUAGCGCGCCUCGAGUUCUUCGAUCACAAGGGGCCGAGCUCUGGAGGGGGCCGAGGGAGCUCGCGCCGCCUGGACUGCAAGGUGAUCCGUCUAGCCGAGUGCGUGAGCGUGGUGCCCGUGGCCGUGGAGAGCCCCCCUGAGCCCGGAGCCGCCGCCUUCCGCCUGGACACCGCGCAGCGCUCGCACCUGCUGGCGGCCGAUGCGCCGUCCAGCGCCGCCUGGGUGCAAAUGCUGUGCCUGAAUGCCUUUCCGAAAGGCAGCUGGGGUCCAGCGCCUGCCGAGAACCCACCCAAGCUUUCUGCCCUGGAGAUGCUGGAGAACUCGCUGUAUAGCCCCACCUGGGAAGGAUCCCAGUUCUGGGUAACCGUACAGAGGACCGAAGCCGCUGAGCGCUGCGGCCUGCAUGGCUCCUAUGUGCUGAGGGUGGAGGCUGAGAAGCUGACUCUCCUGACUGUGGGAACUCAGAGUCAGAUACUGGAGCCACUUCUCUCCUGGCCCUACACGCUGUUGCGUCGCUAUGGCCGAGACAAGGUCAUGUUCUCCUUUGAGGCUGGUCGGCGCUGCCCCUCCGGCCCUGGAAACUUCACCUUCCAGACGGCACAGGGAAAUGACAUUUUCCAGGCAGUCGAGACUGCUAUCCACCGGCAAAAGGCCCAGGGCAAGGCUGGUCAGGGGCAGGAUGUUCUUAGAGCUGAUUCGCAUGAAGAAGUGGCAGAGGGGAAGCUGGCUUCCCACCCUGGUGCCCAGGAGCUCCCAGACAGCCCGCCCGCUCUGUACGCUGAGCCCUUAGACUCUCUGCGCAUUCCUCCAGGUCCUUCCCAAGAUUCCCUAUAUUCAGACCCUUUGGACAGCACCGCGCCUCAGGCAGGGGAGAAGGUACAGUUAAAGAAAACUCUCUAUUGGGACUUGUAUGAGCAUGUGCAGCAGCAGUUGAUGAAGGCCAAGCUGACGGACCCCAAGGAGGACCCCAUCUAUGAUGAACCAGAGGGCCCGGGAGCAGCUUCUGCCCGGGGCCUUUAUGAUCUGCCUCAGGAGCCCAAGGAUGCAUGGUGGUGCCAGGCUCGAGCGAAGGAGGAGGGCUACGAGCUCCCCUACAACCCUGCCACUGAUGACUACGCCGUGCCUCCCCCUCGGAGCACAAAGCCCGUCCCAGCUCCCAAGCCCCAGCGCCUGGCCUUCCCUGAACCUGGUACAGCUGGCAGUGGCAGCAAAGGUCACAGCUCAGACACUGCCCUGUACAGCCAGAUCCAGAAGAGCAGGGCCUCAGGGGACUGGGACUGUGGGCUUUCUAGAGUAGGGGCCGACAGGACUGGGGUCAAGUCAGAGGGCUCCACAUGAGAAGUAGAGCAAGGCUGGGGUUGCUGAUAGGAGGACCUUGGAGAGGUGGCAUUGGGGGGAUCAAAGAAACCUGUUAGAACCAGUGGGACCCAGAGGACUGGAGGGGCCUGUGUGAGACUGGAGGAUCAGAUAAAUCAGGGGAGUCAAGGGGAGGAUGAUUAAUCCCCAGAAGUCCUGGAAGUGGGACAGAUGAGAGGGGCUCAGGGAUGGUACCUGGGGAGGCCAGCAUCUCUAAGUCAUCCCCCGAAAAGAAUGGACAGUUGCUGGACCAAGUCUAUGGAUUAGAGUGGGUACAGUUGAAGGGCCCUGCAUGGAGGCUGUAGGAAGAUGCUGGACUGCCUGGAUCCUUUCCCCUGUAUUUCCCCCCCCAGAGAUUUAUUUAAAAAAAAGUUUUAUUCUCAUUAAAGCCAGAGGGUUUAAGAGGUCUAUGUGUGUGAAUAGUCACAGAAGCAGGGUGUGCUGGGUGGGUGUGGAGGGGAUCAGGAGGAGAACCAGGGAUGUGUUGGGUGGUCCAUCCAGCCCAUCUGGGCUUGACCCCAUCUCUGUGACCCUGGGUGAGUUUGGUAGCACCUGCAACCCUUAGUUACCCCUGCUGCUCCUUUGUAAACUGGGAAAACUUAACAGUUUCUACUUGUUAUAUGGAAGGAGUAGUACUUAGUGCAAUUUGAAGUACAGAGAAGGUAAACAUUUUAUAGUUAUUCUGUGGAUGGAGAGGGCAGAUGGGAAGAUGGAUAGGUGUGAGGAGAGGAGAAUAGGAAAGGAAUAGAUCUUUUUCAUACCUUCCCCGCCACCCAUCCCAUCCAUACACACUUUGCAUGUAGGUACUGAGUACCAACCACUUUUAUGUUUGGAGCCUAAAGGGAACUACAAUGGGGUAGGUGUAGCGGAAGGGGCACAGGCUACAAAAUCAUGCUUGGGUUUCAAUCCUGCUUGUCUUCCACCAGCUUUGAAAGCCUUAUCCUUGUCUUCUGAGGCCACUUCCCGAAGAUGAUCUGAUAUCCACCUGCUUACACAGCCACAAGGAGAAAUUCGGGGCCUGAAAUGCUCCUAACAAUGGUGUUGGUUUACUGAGUGUUUAAUCUUCAUCUGUGUUAACAGAAUCAAAUGACCCAAAGGAAAACAACAAAACAAAGAAAA